GUGUACCGGGAGGCGUCCAUGCUCCUGGCACGCCUGGAGUCGGUCAACGGGGUCCCGAAAUACGUGGCCAAGAGGCUGGCGGAGAGCUUUCCGAGCGAAGCUGCCAUGUCAAAGGCGCUGCUGAGCUCCCCGGUGGCCGGAGAUCCCGUGAGCCGAGCCAUGGCCCUCGCAUCCAUCCGCUCACGCCCGGCCGCGGAGAGGCUCGUGUCCGAGUUCCUCGAUGGCCAAGCGCUGGAGUGGAGUGCCCUCGUACACCUCCUGCAGACGUCCGGGGUUCCCAGUGGCCGGGCCUGCGACAUCGUGGCUUCGCUGGGCACCGACAGGACACGGCUGCGCCAGGCGCUCGAGCUCGAGCUGGAGCAAAGUGGAGGCGGUUCCCUGGGCUUGGAGACCUCGGAGGUGAAGAAAGCGUUGCGGCGGCUCGCGAAAGAUUGCGUG